AUGGAGGUGUCAGGGGACACGUCGGCCACCACGGAACCAACCAGCACCGUCACCGUGACCAGCUUCCCCGAGACCACGUUGCCGUCGGGAGACACGGAGGUGUCAGGGGACACGUCGGCCACCACGGCACCAACCAGUACCGUCACCGUGACGACCACCCUCAACGCUACCACCACCACCACCACCGUCCCCAUCGCUACGACCACCCCCAACGCUACCACCACCACCACCGUCCCCAUCGUUACCACCACCCCCAACGCUACCACCACCACCACCGUCCUCAUCGCUACGACCACCCCCAACGCUACCACCACCACCACCACCGUCCCCAUCGUUACCACCACCCCCAACGCUAACACCACCACCACCGUCCCCAUCGUUACCACCACCCCCAACGCUACCACCACCACCACCACCGUCCCCAUCGCUACCACCACCCCCAACGCUACCACCACCACCACCGUCCCCAUCGUUACCACCACCCCCAACGCUACCACCACCACCACCACCGUCCCCAUCGUUACGACCACCCCCAACGCUACCACCACCACCACCACCGUCCCCAUCGCUACCACCACCCCCAACGCUACCACCACCACCACCACCGUCCCCAUUGCUACGACCACCCCCAACGCUACCACCAACACAACCACCGUCCCCAUCGUUACGACCACCCCCAACGCUACUACCACCACCACCACCGUCCCCAUCGUUACGACCACUCCCAACGCUACCACCACCACCACCGUCCCCAUCGCUACGACCACCCCCAACGCUACCACCACCACCACCGUCCCCAUCGUUACGACCACCCCCAACGCUAACACCACCACCACCACCGUCCCCAUCGCUACGACAACCCCCAACGCUACCACCACCACCACCACCGUCCCCAUCGCUACGACCACCCCCAACGCUACCACCACCACCACCACCAUCCCCAUCGCUACGACGACCUCCAACGCUACGAAGACCACCACCACCGCCGCCGUCCCUGCAGCUACCACCACCCCCAACGCUACCACCACCACCACCACCAGCCCCACCACCAGUGAGGGUCAGUGCCAGAACGGCGGCACCUGGGACGGCAUCAAGUGCGUGUGCGCUGGCGGGUACUACGGCGCCCUGUGCGAGAUCGCCGUCUGCCAGAACGGCGGCACCUGGGCCGGCGGCGGCUGCCAGUGCGCCGAGAGCUUCCAGGGCAGCGAGUGCCAGUUCGCCAAGGAGAACGUCGAGGUCAAGGACGUGAUGGUGAAUGCGACGGUCCAGAUGAAGACGAAGGUCGACAACAGGGUUUUCACAAAGGAUCUCAAAGAUAAGUCCUCUGCAGCUUUCAAGAACUUUGAGAAGGACUUCAAGGAGCAGAUGAGGGAGGUUUACAAGCACAUAGAGGGCUACCAGGAUGUGGUGAUCCAUGAACUGAACGAGGGCAGCAUCGUGGUGAACUACACGGUCCUCCUGAAGGUGCUCGCCAGCACCACGGCCAACGAGACGGUGCAGAGCAUCUCCAAGAGCCUCGUCACCGCCAUCAACAGCUACACCAACUGCAACGAAACCUGUCAAGAAGGCAACUGUACCUUCUGCUUCAACUCUACCUACACCAGCGUCGACAACUUCAGGGUGGAAGAGGUUGAAACAAGUGUGUGCGACAGCCGCAUCCCGGAGGAUUUCAAGACCUACUUCUCCCCGCUCGUCACCCCCACCGGCGUCCUCUGCAUCACCAGAUGCGACAAACGCUCUGCCGACCCUUACCCCUGCGUCCACGGCACGUGCGUCGUGGCACGCUCGGGACCACAGUGCGAGUGCUCGGAGCCGUCGGCGUUCUGGUACCAAGACAGCGCCUGCAGCUCCCGCAUCAGCAAGGUGGGGGUGGCCGUGGGGGUACCGGUGGCUGGGUUGGUCGUGGCCGUCGCCGCCUUCACCGCCUUCCUGCUGCGGGCGAAGAGGCAGAAGGACGAGUACAGGCAAGUGCCUGGCUGGGGGGGUUAA